GAGACAUGCUCAGAGAGAGAGAGUGAGGGACUUUGACUACUUGACGCUCCAAUUGGCACGCGGGUGACGUCGUUGCGAUAAUAUAUUAAAAAAAUAUAAAUAUAUAUAUAAAUAAAAAAAAAAGCGAAAGUUCAGACCGUCUAGUGAUUGCAAAAUAUACCAACUACCGGAACCAAAUGGCAUCGGCAUUGACAAAUCUGCUGCAAACGUUGCGUAUUGGACCACUCGCAGCCGUUAGCAAAUCCGGUAAAGCCGGCGAUGUCAUCAUUCUGCCCAGCGUGGAGAAGGCCAAAGGCAGGAUCGAUGCGCCAGAAAUUACGCUCGAGGAGGUGGCGCAUCAUGACAGCUACGACGAUUGCUGGAUUGUCAUCUACGAUCGCGUCUACGAUGUGACGCACUUUUUGCGCGAACAUCCCGGCGGCGACGAUAUCAUCAUGGAUCAUGCGGGUCGCGAUGCCACCAUUGCCUUCCAUGGCACUGGCCAUUCGCGUCAUGCGGUGGAGCAAAUGCGUCAGUUCCUGAUUGGCCAAUUGCCGGCAUCCCAAUGCAUCUUUCGUACGGGUCAGAACAAGGUACUGUCCUCGGGCAUACCGGACUGAUCGGCAUUGGGAUUACUUCCUACUUAAAUAGAGCUCGCUACCAAGCCGUCCCGCUGCGCUUGUCUUACAUACAUUUAUUUAUUUCGCAUAUUCGAGUAUUCUCAUAUUCUUAGCAUUUAAGUAAAAGUGUUAAUCAGUGUUUUUGUUUUCAUCAUCAGUUUACACCUAUAUAGAUUGUGCACAUACACACAUAUAUAUUUAUAUA